AUGGCAAAGAGACAUAAACAUUUCAACUCGAACAAAACUAAAGGUAAUGUCAAGUCUAAAAGCAAAAGGACGGGGAAGAACAAGCAAAUGCGAAGAACUGGGCAGACUGCCAAGAAGAAGUUCUUACCAAUAGGUGGCGGAGAUUUGAUGAAUCCAGAUAUGGUAGAAGAUUAUUUUUUUGGUCAACAUAAAAAAAAAAAUACCUUAAAGUCAGGAGGUUUGCGACCAGGACGAGUUAUGGAUGAUGACUUACAGGAUAUAAGAUUACCACUUAGACAUAGGCCAGUGGAAUUCAUAAAAGCAAAGGAAAUUUAUGAUCCAUCUCAUGAUUUAAUAUUGAAACUAAUCCAAAAGAAUAAAGAGAUAGAUGACUCGAAUACUAUCGAAACAUCAAAAGAAUCUCUAGAAGAGAUGUCAAUAAAUUCGUCUGCAAUAGCAACGGAAGAUUUUUCUGAAGAAUCCAUAGGAGAAUCGGAAAGGGAAUGUCAAACACAUGAAUUAUCAAAUGGAUCAACGCAGAAUAAGCAGAGUGACUCGAUAGAAAGAGAAAAAAAUCUAAAUGAUGAUGCAAUUGAUAAUAAUGAAAUAUUUUAUGUUGAUUUAGAUGGUGAUAACACAGUGAAUACAGAUAGUUAUAAAAAAUUACUUACUGAAUCUGAAGACGAAACAGAAGCAGAUGAUGAAGCAGAUGAAGAAGAAGAAGAAGAGAACUUAUGUACUACAUUUGAACCUAUUCUAAAAGUAGGGAACGUUGAAUUAAACCUUAAAAGACUCGGAAAUGAUAGUAUUGAAGUAAAAAAACCAAAGGGCUCAUAUCAUCCUUUUUACCAAUACGUUCAAAAUGUCAUGAAAAAUGUUCAAGAGAACUCUUCUGAUGAAUAUUCAUCGGAUGAAGAGAAUGAAAUAAACGAGUAUAAACAACCGUUACUUUCCCAACAAAAAAUGCAAAAGAUUAGUACAGGAAUAGGCUCUUACACAAGUUACCAUGAAAACCAUAAUAUUAAAAGAAGUAAUUUGGACCAAUGUGAUAAUUCCAUGAAGUCAUUAACCAUUGAAGAUCAAGUAAUGAAAACGGCGAACUUAGAACCUGAAAAUAAGGUAAUUACGGAUAUUGAUGGCUCACCUUCAAAAAAAGAGCCAGAAUUUGGAUUUUGCGAAGAAGACUUUGCUUCCUCGAUCGGUAAAAUAUUUGUCUCUAACAUUCGUUUAGGAUUAAAUGAUCGUUCUUAUCAGAUAUCAUGUCAAGAUAUAUAUGGAGAUAGUACAUUACGAUGGGUAGACCAAGAGACCAUGUGUGAUUUGGCAGGAGAAAUGGGUCUACCCGAGCACCGUUUGGCAGCCUAUUUCAAACAUUUAUACGACUCAUUACUUGAAAAAAAUUCCAAUUCUUCCGAUUUCUCAGAUAUACCAUUUGAAGAUUCUGAAACUGACGAGUCGGAGAAAGCUGAAAGUGUUGAAUCGGACCUUCAAGAUGUAGGCGAAAAUCUAGAUGAUCUUAUUGAAUAUACUCUCAAGUAUUCCGAAGAUAGGAAUCAAAUCUAUGACACAUCGCCACUUAAAGUUAGAGGAAAGCGUAGAAAUAAACAAUUGAUAUUCGAUGAUGACACUUCUCUAGACAAUGAGACCAGGUUGAUGUUACAAGAUAAAUUCACCAAUAGAGAGACAAAUAAAACAAAGAAAAGAAGAACAAAAGAGGAUUUUAUUGCCGCAGCAUUCAAUAAUUCAUUGGACUUACUAGAAAAAUAUCCUUAUGGGCUACAUAUUCAAAAUAUCAAAGAUGAGUUCGAAUCCUUUUAUCAUAGUAAUCGCAAAUCCAUUACAUUCCCCCCUCUAGACCCUCAUGGAAAUAAGGUCGUCGGUAAAUUUGCCUAUAAUUAUUUUAUGAAAUCGACUGUUAUAUCUAGGGGAAAAUCUACGAAAGUUUAUGUCGAGAAGACAAGAAAGACCAAAUACAACCAGCCAGCAUAUCACAUUAUUAAUCAAUUACUCAGACAGCGUCCUGUUUUUAUGAGAAUUGAUAGAAAAGUACCAUCCGAAGAAUCUUCAACCUUCAACCGUACUGUAAGGCUCAAAGUACCGAAAGCCAAGUUUAAUAUUACUGAAGGUCAAGUGGUUGGAGAAGAUGCACCCGAAAUUGGGUCGGACAAUGUAGGGAGAAGAAUGUUAGAGAAAUUGGGAUGGAAUACAGGACAAGGUCUUGGUGCUCAGGGUAAUAAAGGUAUUCAAGAACCGAUACUGGCGAAAGUUAAAAAAUCCAAGUCUGGUCUCCGUCAUACUUAA